AUAAUUUAUUAGUAUUUUAAAGUUAUUACAGUCAGUAUUUAUUUAUUAUGUCGUUUAAUAGAGUUGAAGAAGAAUCAUUUAGCACUACUUUUGAUAUUGGAUCAUUACCUAAACACUACGAAUUUAAUGAAUUUAUAUCAGAUGAAGAUACAGAAUCGGAUAGAGAUGAUUUACCACGACUUGUACUUAUGGGCUUAAGAGGGAGUGGGAAAACUUCUAUACAGAAAGUAGUAUUUCAAAAAAUGUCACCUAAUGAGACUUUAUUUAUUGGAAGUAAUAAUUCAUUGCUGAAAGAUGUUGUUAAUAAUUCAGCAUUUGUGAAUUUCCAAAUCUGUGACUUUCCUGGUCACUUUGACUUCACUGAUAAUGAAUAUGAUGUACAAAGCAUACUUCAAGGAUGCCAAUCACUUGUAUUUGUGAUUGAUGCUCAAGAUGCUAUAGCUAGUGCACUUAAUCGUUUACAUACAGUUGUAACAAAAGCUUACAAAAUAAAUAAGAAUAUAAAGUUUGAAGUUUUCAUUCAUAAAGUGGAUGGACUCACUGAAGAUACUAAAAUGGAAACUCAACGAGAAAUUCACCAAAGAGCUAAUGAUGACCUUGUAGAUUCAGGUGAUGAUCAAAAAAUAUAUAUUAGUUUCCAUUUGACAUCAAUAUAUGAUCAUAGCAUAUUUGAAGCAUUUAGUAGAGUUGUACAAAAAAUGAUCCCACACUAUGCAACUCUUGAAAAUUUUUUAAACAUCAUUAUUCAGACAUCUGGAAUUGAAAAAGCCUUUUUAUAUGAUGUAAAAACUAAAAUAUAUGUUGCAACUGAUUCAUCACCGGUUGAUAUUCAAAGUUAUGAACUCUGUUGUGACAUGAUCGAUGUUGUCAUAGACUUAUCAAAUAUUUAUGGUUCGGGCGAAAACCCAGGAUUGACGAAUGAUCCAGCUUUCGAUCAUCAAAGUUCAAGUCUAAUUAAAUUAAAUAAUGGUACAAUUUUAUAUUUAAGAGAGGUAUGCAGUUUUUUGGCACUUGUGUGUAUACUAAGAGAAGAUAACUUUGAAAAACAAAGAAUUAUAGAUUAUAAUUUCGUGAUUUUACGUAAAGGUAUACACAAACUUUUUGAAUUAAAAGAUAAAGAUAAAGAAAGUAUUGAAUCUAGAAAGCUGCUAUCAUUUAACUAACUUUUGC